AUGGCGAGCUUAAAACGAUGGUUAACCGCAAAAGCCCAUGCAGCGUUAAGAAGCAUUCCUCGGCGCUGCUGCCGGAGAAUACCAAGCGCCCGCCGUGGCUCUCUCCUCGUCGGCAGCGUCGUCGCCUCCUCCACGGGCACCGGUGAUGCGGCCACCAGCAAGAAGCGGAAGCGGGACGACGGCGGCGGCGGCGACGACGACCGCGGCGAGGUCGUGGACGGGAUCGAGCUCAAUUUCGACGCCGCGCCGCUGCCCCCAGAGUGGCAACGCUGCCUCGACAUCAAGUCGGGGCAGAUCAACUACUACAACACGAGGACGCAGAAGCGGACGUGGAAGGACCCCAGGGGGGAGCCGGACUACCGCGCCGCGCCCGCCUCCGCCGAAGACGACGAGGAAGAGGAGGACUCCGCGAAUUGCGCGCCGCCAGGGCUGGACCUGGAGCUGAACCUCACGUUCGAGCCGCGCCGGGCGCUCGCCCACGAGAAGAAGAAGCCCAAGCCUGCGGCGGCGGCGGCGGCUACUAAGGCGGCAGACGAUCAUCGCGGUCUUCAGCUGGCCGCGGAGGAGGCCGAGGACAGCAGCAGUAGCGGCAGAAGGGAGAUGGUGGCCGGCGUGUGCGUGCGGUGCCACAUGCUGGUGAUGAUGUGCCGCGCCAGCCCGGCGUGCCCCAACUGCAAGUUCCUGCACCCACCCGCCAGCCGCGCCGCGCCGCCACCGGAGGCUGAGCCGCCGGUGCCACUCAAGCUCGGCCUCCAGCUGCUCUGCUGCAGGGACUAG